AUGAAGAAGGUCGACUUCAAGCUGCCGCCGGUUGCCGUCAAGGUGAAAUCGAUUCUAAAGCCACACAAAAAGCCUGCACCUGUACCAAUGUUCAAUCAACCACUUCCAAGUGGCUGUCCACACCACCGAAGGUCCCGCAUACUGUUCGCUAUCUCCCUCUCGCUUCUUGUUGCAAUCACGAUACCCGUUAUCUCUCUCAAGGCUGUUACCUACACCUUUCUUGAUACGAAUAUUGAAACAGGGUUCAUGUUCGAGACCACGGAAGACGAUGGAAGUCCUGGACCUAAGAUUGUUAUGGCUGCUCUACCUAGGAUGUUGUUCCUAACACCUGCUAAAAUUGCGCUUGUUGCUGCUCUGAUGAGUAUCUUCUCAGCCGUCGCGCAUCUGGGCUUCGUUGCUGUGGACUGGAAAGAAGGAAAACGGACGCAAGCGUGGGCAUUCCGACGCAACAUCAUGUUCCUUCACAUCCUCAACAGUGUUCUCGUUCUCUUUGCUCUUGUUUCCAUCUUUGUCACCCACAAGUCAUCCUCGCGCUUCCGCGACGGCUACGUCAAAUUCCGAACAUCUAUCAUGAACGACCCUACUCCCAACAAUCCGAACGACAACUACUUCCGGUACAACAUCGGCACUUUCGAUCUCGAGUCCUGGUCUUGUGAGCUCAAGGACGAGCCCGGCGUCGGUAUGGCACGGACUGACUACGCCAGGCAGUGUUCUGUCGAGGUUGCCGGACGCGCCAUCAUGAUUCCCUUCCUCAUCUUUGCAUGGACUGUUGCUGGCAUCAGCAUAUGGGGUCUUGUAGGUGGUGGUCGACGAGGUCCAGAUGGCGAGCGUGUCAAGACCGAAGAUGUCGGGCUUGAGAUGGGUAAGAUGAACGCUAUUUGA